UCAGGGGGGCCUUGAAUGAGCAGAAUAAGGGUGUUAGUCCAAAGCAAGACCUCUGAUUUCGGCUCAGAAGACCGUGGUUCAAUUCCACGACCCCCUUAUGACACCCGUACACUUCAGCUUUAGCUCCGCCUUUGUCCUAGGGCUUAUGGGCCCUCACAUUCCACCGCACCCACCUUUUAUCAGCCCUGCUCUGCCUAGAGGGAAUGAUACUGUCACUAUUUAUUGCACUUGCCCUCUGGGCCCUACAAUUUGAAAUAACUGGAUUCUCCGCAGCACCUAUACUUCUUCUAGCAUUUUCUGCCUGUGAAGCCAGUGCAGGCCUGGCCCUACUUGUUGCCACAGCCCGAACCCAUGGAACCGACCGCCUCCAAAACCUUAACCUUCUACAAUGCUAAAAGUAUUAUUCCCCACAAUCAUGCUAUUUCCAACAGUCUGACUAUCAUCAGCCAAAUGACUAUGAACAUCAGCAACUGCCCACAGCCUAUUAAUUGCCCUGACCAGCAUAUUAUGACUGUGUUGGUCAUCUGAAACAGGAUGGUCUACCUCAAGUCUCUAUCUGGCCACAGACCCACUAUCUACCCCCUUGCUAGUUCUCACAUGCUGACUCCUCCCCCUAAUAAUUUUAGCUAGCCAGAAUCACAUCGCCCCUGAACCCAUUAACCGCCAACGACUCUAUAUUACCCUACUAGUAUUUUUACAGACCUUCCUAAUUAUAGCAUUCGGCGCCACAGAAAUUAUCAUAUUUUAUAUUAUAUUCGAAGCCACCCUCAUCCCCACCUUAGUAAUUAUUACCCGAUGGGGCAAUCAAACCGAGCGCCUAAAUGCAGGAACCUACUUUCUAUUCUAUACGCUAGCAGGGUCACUGCCGCUCUUAGUCGCACUCCUCCUUCUUCAACACUCAACUGGGACUCUCUCAAUGCUGAUCCUGCAAUACUCGCAGCCUCUAACUUUAGACUCCUGAGGCCAUAAAAUCUGAUGGGCCGGAUGUCUAAUUGCAUUUCUCGUAAAAAUGCCUGUUUAUGGUGUACACCUCUGACUACCUAAAGCCCACGUCGAGGCUCCCGUGGCAGGGUCUAUAGUUCUUGCUGCGGUCCUCCUAAAACUGGGGGGUUAUGGUAUGAUGCGGAUAAUAGUUAUGCUAGACCCACUUUCUAAAGAACUGGCAUACCCCUUUAUUAUUUUAGCCCUCUGAGGCAUUAUUAUGACAGGCUCAAUUUGUCUUCGGCAAACUGAUCUAAAAUCCUUAAUUGCCUACUCAUCCGUUGGUCACAUAGGAUUAGUUGCAGGAGGGAUCCUGAUUCAAACCCCAUGAGGCUUUACAGGGGCAAUCAUUUUGAUAAUUGCCCACGGGUUAGUAUCGUCCGCACUUUUCUGUCUGGCUAAUACCGCCUACGAGCGAACACAUAGCCGAACUAUAAUUCUUGCCCGAGGACUACAAAUAAUCUUCCCACUAACUGCAGUAUGAUGAUUCAUUGCCAAUCUGGCCAAUUUAGCACUACCUCCACUACCAAACCCUUAUGGGAGAAUUAACCAUUAUUUCCACCUUAUUUAACUGAUCCCCUUGAACUAUCCUCCUAACAGGAAUCGGCACGCUAAUCACAGCAGGCUAUUCUUUAUACCUCUUUUUAAUAACCCAACGAGGCCCAACACCUAUGCACAUUA